CAAGCCAUUGUGGGUCAAGCCGUGAAUCAACAAGACUAGCCAUGGGGGUUGAUCAACUCCUCCAGCUUGAUGCCAAAAGAAACGAUCAAGCCACGAAACUCCUGGUCUGGGGUCUGGGAUGUCCUGCUGAUCUACUGGGCCCUCUUGCUGGGCAACGUCUUGGAAUGGUACGAAUUCGCGGUCUUCAGCUUCUUGGAGCCCUACAUUCAGAGGCAUUUCUUUCAUGACUCGGCCAUCUCCACCUGGCUGACCUUUGCUUGCACCUUCAUCAUGCGGCCGGUGGGCGGUCUGGCCUUGGGCCUUCUGGGUGACCUCUUUGGACGCAAGGUCUCCACCUUCGUGUCGAUCUUUGGCAUGAUGCUUGGUACAGUGGGCCAAGGUAUGUUGCCCACUUACCAAAACGGUGACGUAGCUGGCAGUAUCGGCGUAGCUCUGUUGGUUUUGCUGCGACUGCUCCAGGGCAUAUGUACAGGUGGAGAGAUUGCAGCGGUGUCCACCUACAUCACCGAAGUUGGGUCUAAAGACUCAUUGGCCAGAUCCAUUAUGUUGAUUGGAAUCACCUGCAGCAUGGGUUUUCUCUUUGCACAGUCCAUGAGCUAUGCGAUGGAACUUAUUGGUGAGGAGAAGAUGAGAAACUGGGGAUGGCGAUUGCCUUUCAUCGUGGCUGUCAUUCCGGGCUCCAUUGCCACGCUUGGCCGUCGCUGCAUGCCGGAGUCCAGUCAAUUCUUGGAGGGACGUGCGCGGCAAGCCUGUGAAUCAGAGGCCAGUGAGUCCUCUGGCAGCACGAGAGGAGCAUGCAAGAAGAUGCAGAAUUUGCUCAGCAUGUAUUGGCCAACACUCCUCGUUGGAAUGGGAUCUGCUGCAGCAGUCUCUUUCCUGCAGUAUGGCGGACUCGUUUGGUGCAGCGUUUUGCUGCAAAAGAAGGGUACCAACCACUCCAUCCUCCUGGCGGCUGGCAUCACUGCCCGCAUUUCUUCCAUGGUGUGGGCACCUCUUGUGGCAUGGCUCGCAGAUGUGCAGGGCAUUGCUUGGAUUCUUUUCCUGGGCUCCUGUACGAUGGCUUUUCUUGGCAUGCCACUCUACAUGGUCAUGGUGGCGAACCACAAUAGCUUUGCAGCUGUUGUUGGAUGCUAUGGGCUUGGCUAUGGCCUUAUCCUCUCAUUCGUCGGUGUAUGCAAUAUGCUCUACCUUGUGGAGCUCUUUCCCGUGGAAGUGCGGAAUGCAGGGGUGGGCCUGAGCUACAACUUUGGCUUCUGCUGCUUUGGAGGCUUUGCUCCCAUGAUCUUUGAGGCAGCUUUUCAAAGCUAUGCGUGGGCUCCGGGCUGCUUUCUAUCUCUGGCGGGUUUGAUCACGACCACAUCAGUGGUGACGAGCUUGCUCCUGCAGAGGAGAGGGAAGAUGCAGCUGGCACACAUCAGGCCUGAACCUUACUUCUCUCCUUGUGGGUGCCAGCAAAAUUCGGAGAAUCUGGAAGACAUUACUCUUUGAUCUGACCAAUUGCAAGCGUGGCUUGCAGUUUGGAUCUAUUCUGCUGUGGCGAAAGCAAUGCUGUUUGCCCAGCUUGAACGUGGCCUAAUUUGUCCCACACAGUUCUUGGCACAGGCGGGUCAAGAACAGGUCCCUUCCAGGUUGAAGAUUUGUUGC